UACGCUAAAUAAAACCAUCGACGGUAAUCCUUCAUUACUAGAAUCCGAUGCGGGUAGUCUCUUUCUGACUGCAAGUUAACGUUAGUAUUUGUGCGGUUAUAAUCAGAGAAUGGACAACUCUGGGAAAGAAAAGGAAGCGAUUCAGCUGAUGGCUGAUGCUGACAAGAAAGUGAAAACGUCUGGCUCGUUCCUGGGAGGCAUGUUUGGUGGACCUCAUAAAGUUGAGGAGGCUUGUGAAAUGUACUGCAGAGCAGCCAACAUGUUCAAGAUGGCCAAGAACUGGAACGCUGCUGGUAAUGCGUUCUGCCAGGCGGCCCGGAUCCACAUGCAGCUCCAGAACAAACACGACUCGGCCACCAGCUUCAUCGAUGCAGGAAAUGCCUUCAAAAAGGCAGACCCUAACGAGGCUAUCAAGUGCUUAAACGCAGCUGUUGAUAUAUACACAGACAUGGGAAGGUUCACCAUUGCAGCCAAACACCACAUCACCAUCGCAGAGAUCUACGAAUCAGAACUGGUGGAUAUAGAGAAGGCCAUCGCCCACUAUGAGCAGGCAGCAGACUACUACAAAGGAGAGGAGUCCAACAGUUCUGCAAACAAGUGUCUACUGAAGGUGGGGGCCUAUGCCGCUCAGUUGGAACAGUACGCAAAGGCCAUCGAGAUCUACGAACAGGUUGGAUCCAGCACCAUGGAUAACCCCUUGCUGAAAUACAGCGCCAAAGAGUACUUCUUCAAAGCCUCUCUGUGUCACUUCAUCGUGGAUGAACUUAACGCUAAACUUGCUGUCGAGAAGUACGAAGAGAUGUUCCCAGCUUUCUCUGACUCGAGAGAGUGCAAGCUGUUGAAGAAACUCCUGGAUGCUCAUGAGGAACAGAACUGUGAAGCUUUCACAGAAGCAAUUAAAGAGUUUGACUCUAUCUCUCGUCUGGACCAAUGGCAGACCACCAUGCUGCUGCGUAUCAAGAAGACCAUCCAGGGGGACGAGGGAGACCUGAAGUGAGACCAUGCCAGGGGGAACACAUCACCGCGGGGCGCAAACAUGGCAUGCCACCCCUCCCCACUACUUCACCCCUCCCCUUACUCACUCAUCCCAUAUUGUUUUUGUGCAAUGACUCAGUCCAGGUUCUUACAUACAAAAUGUCCAGUUAUUUAAAACUGCUGCAAUGUCUAGGCCAGGGGUCUGAGAUUUUGGGGGAGGGAUUUGAGGUUUUGGUCAGCUAAAAAUAAGUUUAAUUGAGUAAAUCUGUUCCCAAGUAUUCCCACAAAUAAAAAAAGGGAUAUGUGAUCGUGUCUCAAUGAAAUGAUUAUUUUCAAAUACAAUCUAUUUUUGGGCUUAGUUGUGGUAAAUUUGCAGUGUACAAAUUAUUAUAAUUAUGUUCCGGCCCCCCAACCAUCCGCUCCUACAGAAAUCGUCCUGCGACUGAAUCUAGUUGCCUACCUCUGGUGCAGGCCUUUCUAAAGAAUCUGUAAAAGAGUAUGUAUACUCUGUUGAAAUCUAUUAUAUCAGAUCUCUCUUAUUCUCGCCAAACUCUAGUUAGGAUGUGGAUCCAGUCACACCUCUUUCUGGAGGAUAGAUGCGAUACAUUUCCUGUUUAGUGGUGAGUAAACUUCUGAGAAGGGUAGAGAGGCGUUCUAAUACUAAGGCAUUGAUCACUGAUGUUAGUAUUGAGCGCACAAACACUGCAUGAUUUGUACAGUUGUAAUUCAUUAUUCUAUAGGUUCAGUAGAUAUAUAUUUAAAGAUUACAUUUUUUGCUUUUCCAUUGUCCUUGCUUGGCUUCCAACUUGAAAAAUGUCUUAGAAGGGAUUUAGAAAGGAAAUGUUGAUUACUUAUAUCAUAAAUGGUUCUUGUAAACGAAGGUAUUCCAGCCUGAGGUGACACAAUUAAUUGUUUCAUAUAAAAAACACCCAGGAAUUUUUUGGUAUUCUUAUUUUUGAAAAGGACAAUUGAUACAAAUACAAUUUACUUACAAGACAUGGCCAGAAAGCAUAUUGGAGAUGUUGUAUUCAGUUUGCUUAGUUUGUAUUUUUUCCAUAUUUCUUAUUCUGUAUUAUUUAUGAGGUUAUCUACAAAUACCAUCUUUACACAUUUUUGGGUUAUCUGCCAAUGUGAGGCGACUUCCUAAUUCUGCUUGCAAAGUUGUUUUUUAUGCAUAGCUAAGAAAAAGGAGAAAGCUAAGAAAAUCCCUUGCCCUCUUGUAAGAGCAGUUUCACUUCUAAACUCCAGUUUGUUCUCAUUGUCACUCAUGUUGAUGUACUAUGUGUCGUGAAGUUGUAACCAUGCUGGUGUAUACUAGUGCAUCCUCUUGCUGGUCACUAGCAGCGCUGCAUGUCUGUGUGCGUCGGUAAUAGCGUUGUGCAACAUUUCCUUGUAGUACUGAGCGCCCCACAACGUAGGGGGCAGUCAGCCUGCAUAUCAAGCUUCUUUCAGAUGGAAUGGUGCCGUUUUCUUUUUAUUUGGUCUGUGUGUCUGAAAAUUAACAAAAAAUAAAAAACAUUAUUCCCUGUG